AUGCCGGUGCACUUCUCACCCGGCGUCUGUGGAUUUGACAUCUUCCAGAGGCACAGGAACAAGUACCAUGCCCAUGUGAAAUGCCACCAGGUCCAGAGGGACACACAUUGCCCCCAGGAGGCCCAGUCCAGUGCUGCUGCAGCCCCCAAAGAGGAGUGCCCCUCCUCCCACUCUUCUGCCCCUCAGGGUUCUCCCCCGAGCUCCCCUGCUACUGGAGAUCACCAGGAGCUUCAGGGAGCCAUGGCCCUUAGCUCUCCUGAUGCAGGGCCUUCCUGUGCAGGAUCUGAUGAAGGUGCCCAGGGCCGAGAGAAGGAAAAUGCAGGUGCCUCCCAGGCAGCCCCUGCCACUCAGAGCCCUCGCAUAGAUCCUCUGACCAGGAAGGCCAGCAUGCUGCUGGAGUUCCUGCUGGAGAAGUACACCAAGAAGGAGCCCAUCUCGCAGCACGCCCUGCUGAAGGUUGUUGGCAGCAAGUAUAGGCAGCACAUCCCUGGGAUCCUCAGGAGAGCCUCUAAGCACAUGGAGCUGGUAUUUGGCCUUGAGCUGAAGGAAGCUCACCGUAGCAGGAACAUCUAUGCCCUCAUCAACAAGCUCAACCUCGGGGGCGAUGAAGGUCUGAGUGAUGAGGGGGGGCGGUCUGCCCAAGUCUGGUUUCCUCAUGAUGCUCCUGGGCAUUAUCUUCAUGAAGGGAGGCUCUGGAUCUCUGGGGAGCCCAGAAGGCUCAUCACCAAAGAUCUGGUGCAGAAGAAGUACCUGAAGUACCUACAGGUGCCCAAUGCCGAUCCUCCACACUACGAGUUCCUGUGGGGCCCGAGAGGUGGUUUGAAACCAAUAAGAUGA